AUCAAAAAUGUGCCUAGGAGAAACACGCUUUCUUGUCUCACGCUCAUCAGACUCAAGACUCGUGAUUGUUGACUCACACUCGUUUCAGUCGCGAGUCUCGACAUCGCCUACACAAACUCGCAACGCCCACGCCCACACCCACGCCCACGCCCACGCCAUGCAGCGAUCCGCCUCUGCAUCCAGGAGUCAGAGUCAGAGUGGCCGAGCAAGAGGGACGAGUAGCGAUGACAGGAGUCACAGUGCGAGUGGCGGCGAACGCGAACGCAAUGCGCGAUCAGCCAGCACCAGCCCAUCGCAAGGCAGAAUGGCAAUGGCAAUGGCAAUGCCGGCUGCCGCUGCGGACGCCACUGCUGCGGAUGCUCAGGCGCACACUCAGCCUCAGGCUCAGCCUCAGCCUCAGCCUCAGCACCAGCACGCCGUUGCCAACGCGACUACGCUGAGAGAGCUGUUGGCCAGCGACCCGCCACCCAUGCUGCCCGCUCAGGUGGCUGUGGGAAGCGGCGCGACGGGAUCUCGUGGCGCUGCACCUCCCGGUCGCAUAGAGAUCAUCGACUAUGCCUAUCGACGUAGGGAAGCUGCUGCUGCUGCUGCUGCUGCAGACAGUCGAGAGGUGUCGAGUCCGAUGCUCCGAGUCAGCAGCAAAUCCUCCUCAUCUGAGGGAGAAGAGGAGGCAGAAGGAGAGAGUGCGGGAGGGGAAGAGGGCAUCGGCGAAGGCACAGGCACAGGCACAGGCACAGGCACAGGCACAGGCGCUGGCGCGGCAGGCAUGACCGCUUCCAUCUCUUCCUUGCAGUCACGUGAAUCCAGAGGCGACACUCUGACCGAAAGCGCAUCAUACACGGACGAUCAAGAUCACGAUGCCGCACAUACAGACGCCGCCAACGAGAGCUACUUGGCGCUGGGACAGAGUUACGUCAGCAAUGCCAGUUCAUUCUUACACGACGCUGUCCAGAUGCUCGCGCCAAACGACUACCUUCGCGCGGCCAACGCCUUUGAGCCGCUGGACGAGGAGGCAGAGGCAGAGGCAGAGGUGGCCAGUCUGAUGAGCAUGAGUCAGAGUGGCAGUCGAAGUGGCAGUCGCACUCGCAGACAAGCACAAAGCGGCAUCCUCGCCGGCAACCGUCCCUUUCACUCGGACGAUGACCGCGUCGGAGCGGCAGCCGCAGCAGCCGCAGCAGCAGCAUCUGGCCUCUCGCUGCGUCAAGCACUGGAGGCAGAUGAUCACGCCUCGCUGUCCGAGCGUUCAUCACUCAUCUCUCGUCAUCCCAUGAACUACGGUCAGAGUGCGAGUCACGGUCAUGAUGAGCUGAAUCGCUACUACGCGGCGCCAUCUCUGCGCGGCGAUGCUUCCCUCUUCAGCUUGGCCCGCACCCACGCAUCGGUCAUGGAGGAGCCUUUUGCAGCGGGCGAGACUUCCAUCACGCUGCGCGAAGCCAUGCUGUCCGUAUCGCCCACGCCCUCCAGCAAUCUCGGUCUCAUCCUCAUCGCCCUCAGCCAAAUCUGCUACAGCUGCAUGAACCUCUUCGUCACCCUGCUCGACGCUCGCGAAGGCGCAGAAGCUCCGGGCAGGGGUUAUGGUGACGGUCUCAACCCUCCUCUGGGAGCGCUCGAGGUCGUCUUUGUCGAAACGCUCACCAUCUGGGUCGCAUGCCUGGCAGUCAUGAAGAUUGCACGCACAGAGCACAUCUUGCUGGGCCCGCCUGGCGCAGUGCGCUACGCGUUGGCAGUCAGAGGCAUUGCUGGCUGGCUGUCCACGUUGUUCCUCUACAUCAGUCUGCAGAUGCUCGCACUGUCCGAUGCCACGACCAUCUGCUUCCUAUCUCCACUGGCCACCGGCAUCCUGGCAACCAUCUUCCUCGCGGAGCCCUUUACCGUGCGCGAGCGCAUUGCUGGCGCUUCCUCUUUGCUGGGCGUUGCUUUGAUCGCGAGACCUGCUUUCAUCUUUGGCCCUCGCAGCGCUGGGCAACCUGGCGCACCACCCGCCGCACCUGGCGACACACCCCCUCAACCAGACGAUCCAUUCCCGCACUCUCCACAAGUCGAUGAUGGCAGCAAACAGCUCAUCGGCGUGCUUGCUGCACUCGCAAGCGUCGCCACAGUGGCAGUGGCAUGGGUCGCUCAGCGUCUCAUCGGAAGGCGUGCGAGCACGUAUCAUUCUAUCACCUAUUUCUCCGGUGCUUCAUGGACGCUAUCUCUCGCCUGUAUGCUCAUUCUCCGACAACCUUUUGUAGUCCCGAGCACCCCAUUGUCCGCCUUUUUCCUCGUCGGCGUCGGAAUCUUCAGCUUGUGUGCACAAGUCUUUCAAACGCUUGGCUUGCAACGAGAGAAAGCGGGCAGGGCGGCGGUCAUGAGUUAUCUGCAAAUUUUCUUCGCGACGACUUUCCAGGUCUUGCUGCUCGGCACUCCCCUCGAGCCUCUGUCGGUUGCGGGCGCGUGCCUGAUUCUGGCCAAUGGUGCUUGGGUAGCAGCCGCGGGCGGCAAACAAGAUGGAGGCGUUGCGAUGCAUUGAGGCGUGCUUGCGAGCAUGUGAUCACGACAGCUAGAUGACAUAAACUCGGAUCCGCGAUGAUCCAGGUCCAAUCUUUCGACCCUAUCUAUUUACACCUCGGCAUGUUCGCGCGUUCGCUUGUAUCACGAGUAUCUGGCAACUGCAUAGACUGGCUACCCUCAUUUACAAUUAGAACUCAUCGAACUGUCGAAUAGACCUACAAUCACCGCAGAAACAUGAGCAGUAAAUUUCGCUCGCUUCGGA